CCUUUACCUAAUCCUGUGUUUCCUUCCCCUAUUCAAACAAAGUACCACAAGGCUCAAACCACAAAACUCUCCCAAGCUUUGUCCACCCUACCUCGGCAUAUCUGCACGAAGCUCCAAUCGGUGACAACCAUCUAUUGUCAGCUUAAUGUGGCUCGAUGUUGUGCCGGCAAGACAAGAUCCCGAAAGCCGAAUGAUACGGAGGGAGCUCCAAAAAGGGAACUAGCUUACCACGUCGCCUCUUUGAUCGAGGUGUGUCGAGGGGAGAAUAGCGCCAUUAGCAUUGCGGGGCAGUAGCGCUUAAGCCUUCACGUCAUCGCAAGCCGAGCACGCCAUCCCUCAAAUUGAUAUCGCAAUCAUCCCAAUGCUCUUUCCUGAACGAAAUCCCAACGCCCAGCACCGAUGUCACUCGGGAGCGGGCUGCCGAAACGUGGGUGCAUCAUGGCCUCUUCCAAUGAGACCUCGGCCCCAUUGCAGAUGAUAGUCUCUGGGCCCAGUCCCGGGAUGAUCACGCAAUCGACAAGAUGGCCCCCUUUUAUCGAGGGCGCCAUGUACUUAUAAGCCAUACAUGUGAGCUCUCGAUCAGAUCCAAAUAUUCCAUUAUCAGAUCAAGCUCUUUCAUUUGGCAGUCAUCACCCAGCACUUCCAAACCGCUCCCUACCUUACCCACCACCACACACAUACCAUACACAAUGGCUCCCGGAAUCCUAGUAGAAGAGCCUGCGGCUCAACUUCCUCAAGUCACCAAGAGCAACCUCGAUGCCCCCCGCCACAUCUUCCCUGACGGCAUCCGCACAUCUGGCCAGCACCCCCCUCUCUACGACGUCCUGAAGCCCUACUCUGAGUUCCCCAAGGAGAUCACCGGCCGCACAGUAUGGAAGCGCGAUGACUUCAUCAACAACCCUGAGAAGUGGGUGCACCCCUUCACAGAUGAGGAGGUUGCCGAGUUGUCCGCCACCGCCGACGCUUUCAUCGCCAGCGGCACACCACUCACCGGCAUCUCCAAGGAGAACUUUGUCCUUCCCAAGCUCGGCAAGGUCUUGACUGACCUCCGGGAAGAUCUCCUCAACGGCAAGGGCUUCAUCCUCUUCAAGCGUUUCCCUGCCGAUGUUUGGGGCCCAGAGAAGAACGCCGUCGCCUACAUGGGUCUCGGCACCUAUCUUGGAUACUUUGUCUCUCAGAACGGCCGCGGCCACGUCCUCGGCCACGUCAAGGAUGUCGGUGAUGACCCGACUCAGAUCCACACCGUCCGCAUCUAUCGCACUGCCGCCCGCCAGUUCUUCCACGCUGAUGAUGGUGAUAUCGUCGGUCUUUUGUGCGUACACCGCGCCCAGGAGGGUGGUGAGAGCGACAUUGUCUCGGUUCAUAACGUCUGGAACAUUCUCCAGAAGGAGCACCCUGAUGUUGCCGAGACUCUGACCAAGCCGAUCUGGUACUUUGACCGCAAGGGUGAGGUCAGCGAUGGCCAGGAGGAGUGGGUUCGCCAGCCUAUUGUUUACAUAGAGAACGGUGGCCAGGGCCGUCUCUACUGCAAGUGGGAUCCCUACUAUGUCAAGUCUUUGACCAGAUUCUCCGACAAGGGUAUCAUUCCUCCUCUCAGCGAGGAGCAACUUCAUGCUCUGAAGGUGCUUGAGGAUACCUGCCAGCAGGAGGCUCUGCACAUGGUUUUGGAGGUUGGAGACAUUCAGUUCUUGAGUAAUGCUCACUUGCUCCAUGCUCGCACUGCUUACAGGGACUUUGCCCCUCCCGCUCCCAGAAGACAUCUCCUCAGACUCUGGCUCGCCACUCCCGAGGGUGAGGGUGGGUGGGCUCUUCCCAUGCCUGACAGCCAUGAGAAGAAACGUGGUGGUAUCCAGGUCAACGACACUCCUCCUCGUGCGCCUCUUGAUGCCGAGUAAAUGAUGGUUGGAUGGGGACAGGCAAAAAAAAAAUGAAAUGAUAAUGAACAAAAACCCAAGGUGUACACACAAGGGACAGAUGCUUAGAUAGCACGUCUCACUCAUGUAUUUAUAAAAUGUCGGCUGAUGAUGAAUUGAUGAUACCAUU